AGGCACAAGGAGCGGACGAGGAGACAGCACAGCACAGGAACGAGGAACCCGAGACACGGACAAGAUGAAGCUGCAAACUGCUCUGCUGUUGGUGUGUCUGUUCAGAACCAGCUUCACUCUGCCAGUGCAAAUAGGAAUUCUAGCAAGCAACAGCAAUGAGAUCCUGAGGCUGAAUGGACUAACUCUAGCAGCUCUUGGACAAGCACAGGCCUCUUCGCUUUUACCCCCGUAUGUGCUGCAGCAGCAGCAGCCGGAGGUGCUGCUCACUCCACAGGUGGUCAACCUGAACCCACAGGUGGCCGGUCCCUUCGGCCCACAGGGGCCCCAGUUGCUCUUUCCCAACCAGGGCAACCAGCUAACACCUGUGCUUGUGCCCAAUGGCCAACAAGAGCAACUUGGGCUCCCGCAGGACCCCAACGCGCCCAACGUCCCUCAGCAGGCCCAAAAUCCUGUGCAGAUGUAUCCACAGUUCCCUGCGUAUGGAUUUCCCCAGUUUCCCCAGCAGCAGGGCUUCCCGUACUUCAUGUCCCCUUACGGCUACCCUCGGCAGAGGAGCCCAGUGAUGCUGCAGCCCAACAAUGCCCAGCAGGCCCUGGAGAGAACCACACAGAGGCCACAGCUCCCUCUGCAGCAGGCUUCCCAGCCAAAGGUCCAGACAGAAAAACCAUGGCCGACUGGGACAACAGCAAUGCCUCCAGUGCCCCGUGGUGAUGCGACUGGUCCUGGGAUUGACGAGGGUCAGACCAACUUUCCGUUCCUGUUUGAGCCUUAG